GAACCACUCCGCGCCCCAAUUCCAUAUGUGACUCCCACUGCAGCCAUGUGCGGGCCUGAUCAGACCUACCGUGGGCUGUGUGGAUCAGUCAACGCUCACACCGUCGUUCCAUUCAUUCCACCAAAUCAGAUUCUCCACAGUUAUUGCCCAGAAGUAUUCGCGUCUUCUUUGUCUCGUCAUUCCCUACCUCGCGAAUCCUAUGGACCCUAUUACUUGCCUGUCUACCCGUAUGCUCUGCCUCCCAACCAUCUCUAUUCCGGAUCAUUACCACCCGCAGGGCUUUACAGCGUACCUGAAAAGCCCCGAUCCAGCGCCCCUCCAUCGAAAUCCUCGCAGACGUCGUUACCACUGGAUCUCAGACCGACGCAUGCCACCGUGUCCCAACCGAGUAUUCUGAUCAGUCGACUUGUUAUCCUAGGUAAACAUGGCGUCACUCUGAUAGAUCAUUGGUGGCCUAUUCCUCAACGUAUUGGUACGCAGCAAACAGCUUCGGUCGUCUAUGAUUCUGUGGAUGAACUCUUGGUCGGAUAUCGUGAGUUCCUGAGGUCUGGGGCACACAGCCAACGGCUUCGUCGACGAAGCAGGAGUCCGGAAAAGAUGGGAACUUUGUUGACCAGGUCGUCAAUCAAGAACGCUAUCUCAUCUAGCGUAUGCUUGAGCCCAGACAAGCGAAAGCGAGAUAGUACCCAUAAUGGUCAGAUGAUACCUGCACACUUAUCUGCUGGAGUUGAAACGGAGCCUUUAGCACUCGUUGAGAAACACGAAAGUGAGACCGAAGGCGUUCAAUCACGUGUUCAGGGUGAAUCGAUGAGAUGUCUAGUCUCCAACCGAUCAACACUAUAUCCCCGUCGCACGUCAUUGAGGAAUAGCAUUCUCGGGGUUCAGGGACCAAAGGCGGCCACAUAUGCGUUCGAAGACCCCGAGGAAGUUCUACGACAAGCAAAGCGAUUACGACGGUCAAGGUCCCCAAAGAAGCUGUGUCCUGUAACUUCUCAUUCACACUGUCCCAUAGCGACACCUCUUGCCGACAAUCUGUUGAACGUGUCAAAAAAGACUACCUCGUCUCCACUUUCCAGCGUACCUUCUACUCCAGAGCCUGAACCAGAGAACGUCAUACAAGACAAUAUACAAAGACGAUCCUCGCUACGAAGAUUAACCAACCCAUUCGCGCAAGUAGAUGGUUCACCCGAGCGCCGGAAUCCAACCAGAUCUCCACCCAAAACACGAACUCCUGCCGUGACAUCACCCCGAAAGCUAAAUAACCCUUCCGCGUCGGAGUCCAUUGCAACCCCGGCCCGACAACUACAGAGCCAGUUUCCAGACACGCCACAAUCGUCGCCUUUAUUCGAUGCAAGAAAGCGCAAGUUUACCAAGGAGCCUCCUAGCUCGGAUCGGUUCAAGACAGCAGACAAUCCGCCUCUCAACAGAGAUUGUGUCAUUGCAUUUGCGGAGAGCGAGGACAAGGAGAACGCGAGCUGCAUCUUAAGGCAGAUCAAGGGUGAAAGGCAAGGUUUGUUCCAUGAGGAGUAUGUAGUCUUGGCGUCGAGGUUUUUCGUCGCUGUGGAAUAGCGCGUGGUAAAAACGAUGAUGGAAAGAUAACAGAAAAAAGACGUGCAAACGAGAAGACGCAGAGAAGGGAUGGCAGAGUAUAUGUUGAUGAUUUGUAGCGAGUGUCAUGUCGAUCUGUAAAAUGUGUACGUGGACACGUACGAGUAGAUGCUGUUUGAUCAUCUGGUGGGAUACAAAAAGUAGAGUGCAUUCAGAAAAUCAGCGAUAUAAGUAUUGUGAUACAUCCAUCACAUGUCACACAGAUAGGACUGAAUUGACGUUAUAA